CGGAGGUUUAGAAGGAGCUUUAUGUGUGUUUUUGUUGAAAUCCGGGACAAAAUACAACCACAGGGCGGUUCACAAUCGGAAGUAGGAACUUCUUUUGCCGUUAGAAGACGGAAGCACCAUAACCGCUGGGUAUCAUCACUGGCGACACCUACUGGCCACAUUACCUAUGGGUCGGAGGCCUUCAACAGGGGGUCCGCGACCCCUAGAGGGUCCAUGGAGAAAGUGAAAGGAUUUCAAGCCACGGCAGAUUAAACAAACGGCUGACAUGGCUCCAACACUGUUUGAUGAGAAACCCGAGCCAGGGGACCUGAUUGAGAUCUUCCGUGGCACUUAUCAGCACUGGGCUCUGUAUGUGGGGGAAGGCUUCGUGGUUCACUUGGCGCCACCCUCUGAAGCACCUGGUGCCGGCUCCAACAGCAUGAUGUCCGUCCUGACUGAGAAGGCAAUGGUUAAGAAGGAGGAGCUCUGGGAUGUGGUGGGAACAAACAAGUGGAAGAUAAACAACAGUCUGGAUGAUAAGUACAAGCCCCGUCCGCCUCAUGUAAUUGUACGAGAGGCCUGUAACAUGGUGGGUCAGGAGCUGCCCUACUGCGUCUUCAGGGGAAACUGCGAGCACUUUGUCAACGAGCUGCGCUAUGGCAAGGCAGAGUCACGGCAGGUGCAGAAGGCCGGUGAAGUUGUGAUGGUGGCUGGUAUGGCUGCUGCAGUGGGUCUGGGUAUCUGCGCUCUUGCCGGGGCUCUGUUUGGAGGAAGCAAAAAGGAAAACAAGGAGGACACCAAGUGACCGAGGUCCACAGUGGUUUAUUCUGCAGCUAUGAAUAACUCAUUACCAGCGUAGCCUAAAGGCCACUCAGCACAACUUAUUACUGAUAAUUCUGCCUAAGUGACAUACAGAUACUAUCUGUGAUUUUAACUGGAACUGACUGACCUGUUAGUCUUCCCCACUUUGUCUUUAACCGUUCAUCAGUUGAUCUGAAAGGUUCAGGUUUUCAUACAGGUUUAGGUUUUCAUACUUUUCUCAGUUCAAGGGUCUAAAAUUUCUACAGAGGACAAAGUCUUUUUACUCAUAAAUGUGCCAUUAGAGAAAAAGACCAAUGUUAAUAAAAAUUUCAUACAAUAUUUUGAAAUAUAAACAUUGUACUUUUUUGUAAAUACAAGAAAAAAUUUGAAAAGUGAUAGUAAUAGAAGUACAACUAUAAAAAGGAAAAUGUAAAUCUUUAUGACUUAUU